CUUGAAAGAGGAGCUAGCUAUGGCGUCGAGGCAAGCAGCUAAGGAAGAGAGAGCUGAGGCAGCUGCGAGGGUGGCUGCAGAUGAGCUGAGUGAUGUGAGUAAAGAGAGAACGGAACGUGUUGAAGGAGCUAGAAUCGAGAGAGAGCCGAGGUUCCAUGAUGAACGGGGAGAAGAAGAGCGGGGUACUGGGUUUCUUGAUGGUAUGCUGAAAAAGGUUCAGGGUACACUCGAGCAUGCCAAGGAGGUCGUAACAGGCAAGACUCAUGAGGCUGCCGAGAGGACAAGAGAAACCACAGAAGAAGCUUCUGAAAAGGCUCGGGAGGCAAAGGAUGCUGCCUCUGAGAGGGCAAGGGCAGUUUCGGAAAAGGCAGGAGAGUACAAGGAUUACACUGCUGAUAGAGCAAAGGAAACCAAAGAUUCAGCGGCGCAAAAAGCUGGGGAAGGUGCGGAAAAGGCAGGAGAGCACAAGGAUUCCACUUCCGAGAAGGUGAAGGAGACCAAGGAUUCCACAUUGGGCAAGUUGUGGGAGUACAAGGACGCUGCUACUGAGAAUGGCAAGGAAGCCAAAGAUACUACUGCAGAGAAGGCAAAAGAAGCCAGAGAGGCAACAGCGCAGAAAGCGAGCGAGUACACAGACUAUGCGGCUGAGAAGGCAAAGGAGGUGCAGGAGAAGGUGGUGGGAAAAGCGGGUGAAUAUAAAGAUUGUGCAGGUGAAAAGGCCAUGGGGACUAAGGACACUACGGCACAGAAGGCGAGAGAAUACAAGGACUUUGCAGCAGAAAAAGCGAAGGAAGCAAAGGAUACGACGGUGGAGAAAGCUGAAGAGUAUAAGGAUUACACAGCCGAGAAAGCCAAAGAAGGGAAGGACACUACUGUUAGUAAGCUGAGUGAAUUGAAGGAUUCCGCAGCUGAUGCUGCUAGGAGAGCUAUGCAUUACUUGACUGGUAAGAAAGAUGAGGCCGAACAGAAGGUGGCAGAGACCACAGAAACGGGCAAGGAGAAGUAUGAGUUGACUGAGGAGGAAGCAAGAAGAAGAAAGGAAGAGCUGAGGCUGAAAAAAAGGGGGUUUGGGACGAAGAUAAACAGGGGGCAGAGGCAGAUCACGAAACAGCAGCUGACAGCUGACUUCAUCCGGGCAGACAUUCAACGACCCUGGAAAAUUGGAUGAGGAAGGCGUAGGGGUCAUCAGGGUGGCGCGUGUGAGAGAUGAGGACGGGAACAGGGCUUAAUGCUGCCAUGGAGAUUUUUGGGCUAGAUUUGGUUGUACUAGGGUGGGUGUCAAAGCUGUCUUUUCUUUUACUCGUUGGCUUUUUUUCCUUUGAUUUUCUGAGAUGUUUUUGUUGGUCAUGUCUGAUCUGGUGGCGAAUCAGUAGUUGAAUUGUGGUGGUAUAUGCCUUUGAUGAAUCGUCUCUAUUUCACUUUUCUUAUACUA